AUGGACACAACAACAAGGGUUCCAAUUGCGAAUAAACCUAUGUUCGAGAAUCUCAAAGUCUUGCAUGUGAUGGAUUUGAAAAAUUUGAAAGAGUUGUGUGUCGGUGAAUUACCACAUGGGUCUCUGGGCAAUCUGAGGUCUUUGGUGGUUCACACUUGUUGGAACUUGUUGAAUCCACUUCUUCCAUCAAAUUUGUUGAAAAGAUUGCAAAAUCUAAAAACACUUGCUAUUCAAGGUGUGACAUGUGCGGAAUAUGUGUUUGGGUCAGAAGAUUUUGGGCAAGAACAAAUUGAGUUGGAAAAAUUGAGAUUGUGGGGUCUAGAGCAACUGGAAAACAUAUGGAGGGAUCCUACUGGUUAUGCAAUCAUCCGUAACCUUCGAUGUUUGGAAGUUUCACGAUGCGACAAAUUGAAAUAUGUCUUCACAUAUGAUGUAUCUCAAUGUCUCUUGCAAUUGGAGAAGCUUAAUGUAAAUUGGUGCGGUUGUUUGGAGAUGAUCAUUGGACCAGGCGACGGAACAGUGAAAAAAAUAGUUUUGCCAAAACUUAGAAUCUUCAAUUUCUUCGGUCUUCCACAGCUCACAAGCUUCUACAUUGGAAAUGACGAGAUUGAGUGUCCGUCAUUGGAAGCCUUAACUGCGUUUCAGUGCCCACAGUUUCCAACCUCUACUUACAACUUCCACAGCAGGAACCGAGUCAAAAUUGUUACAGGAUGA